CCCUAUUCAGUUAACUUAAGGGGGGAAAACUAUCCCGCCGGCGCGAAGCUCCUCCGGCAGCCAACCCGCCGACAGUCCAUCAUUUUCACCUGUGACCCGGAAAACUUUUGAAGAAUAAAGGAAGAAAAAUUUAGCCUUUUGGUGAUUUAUACUCUCUUUCCUGACCAGUGUUUCAGCUCCGGGCCAGUCGGAAGCGAGCUUCGCAUGCUCCUUUCUUCACGCGUGGAAUUUGAUACUGAUUCUGGGCGAAUCUGGAUGGUGAAGGUUGAUGAUUUGGUCACUGCGUUCUCAAUUUUGUGCCAUGGUGUGCUAUCGUGUAUAGGGAGGAUUAAGCAACUUUCCGGGAAGCUGAUUACUUUGUGUCUUAUACUGAAUAAGAUCUUAGCAGUGAACGUUGGUUGUCUUCAAUUCUUCCUCUUGCUAGCAGUUUUUUAGUUUUUUUGAAACAUAAUAAUAGAGUAUGUUCUGUGCUUCUUGGUGUGUCCACCUGCUCAAACGCACUCGAACUGUCUCUCUGAACCUUAAUAGUUGGCUCAAUUUCUCGACUCAAGCAUUAGCUACGCCAUGCCAACCGUCUUCGGCACUUCCUUAUCUCAAGCCUCUCAACUCCAAGCUCUCCAGCUUCAUGAAAAGUGGUCUGGUCGAGGAAGCAGAGAAUUUGUUCAACGAAAUGCCUGACCGAAACAUUGUGACUUGGAACACCAUGAUUAACGGCUAUUUCAAGAAUGGGGAGAAGGAAAAAGCAUUCAGUUUGUUGGGUUCGAUUCCCCAGCCCGAUAUUUAUACAUACAACACAGUGAUCUCCGGGUUGAUCCAGGUUGGUGAUCUGUCUGGUGCUAGGAAGGUCUUUGAUAAGAUGGACUCUAGAGAUAUAGUUACCUGGAACUCCAUUAUUGCUGGUUAUGUUCACAAAGGAGUCAUCGACGAGGCGAUGCAACUGUUUCAUGAAAUGCCUGUCGGGAUGAGAGGGAAAGACACAGUAGUGUCUUGGAUAGUUAUGGUUUCUGGAUUGGCUAAGGAAGGGCGCCUUGUUGAAGCUCAUAAGUUUUAUGAGAAGAUGCCGGUUAAAGACUCUCACGCUUGCAAUUCCUUGAUUGCUGCAUAUAUCAGAAUCGGGGAGCUAGACCAGGCAGAAGACUUGUUUCGCAAGUCAGAACAAAAAGACUCUGAUUCCUGGAGGCAAUUGAUAAAUGGGUUAGUCACUUGUGGAAGACUCAGUGGUGCUUUUAGCCUCUACUUGGAAUCACCUGAGAAAUGUCAUACCACGUGGAACUCGCUGCUACUGAAAUUAAUGGAGAGUGGAGCAACUAAACCAGUUCAUGCCUUCCUCGAAAAGCUUCCAUAUGGUGACAUUGUGUCGUGGACUAACAUAAUCAUCGGAUACUUCAGGGAAGGUGAAGUAGGAGCUGCAGUUAGCCUGUUUUACUCGAUGCAUCAUCUAGACUUAACGUUAUGCAAUGUGAUGAUAUGUGGACUAGGGGAGAAUGGACUUGAGGAAGAAGGCAUCAAAUUGUUUACGAGGAUGAAAGAAUUAGGGUUGUCACCUGAUAAGGCUACUUUCACUAGCAUCUUGACAAUUUGUUCAGAGUUACCAGCCUUAUGCCUUGGGAAACAAGUCUGUGUACAUGUUUUCAAGACGGGACUAAAUCUUACUAUCGAGGCCCUCGAGAUGUUCGAAGAAAUGAGAUUGAGCAAUGUGAAGCCUAACGAGUUAACCUUUAUUGCUGUUCUGUCUGCUUGUAGCCAUGCAGGAUUGGUGGAAAAGGGAAGGUUUGGGCUGAUUGAUGAAGCUAUGAGUUUUAUAGACCGAAUGAGAGCCGAUGGGCUUGAAGUUCCCGUUAGUGUCUGGGGAGCUAUACUUGGAGCUUGUAGAGUUCACAGAAAUGUUGAAGUUGGCGCGGUUGCUGCUGAGAAUGUAUUGGCAAUUGAACCAAAUAGGUCUGGCACGUACUUGAUUUUGGCAGAGUUAUAUGCUAGCGUUGAAAGAUUGAAUGAGGCGGAGAGAGUUUUGACCCGAAUGAAGAACAGUGGAGUCAAGAAACAACCUGGGUGUAGUUGGAUUGAGAUGAACAACGGUGGAUGUGCUUUUCUCUCUGGAGAUAAGUCGCACCUUGAGUUUGACGUGGAGGCACGAGUGGAGAUAGUUCAACCUUGUUGGCACUCUGGGUAG